CUCUAAUUAAAUCCUCCGCCUGCGGGAGACCUUUCCCAGAGCCCUCCGCACCGCCUGCGGGGCCGAGAUAGCCGCGGCUGUCCCGGCAGCAGUGACCUUUCCCGGCUCGAGAGGGCGGGGAGGCGGGAGCAGGCGCGGAGGCCCGGUCUAGGCAGAGGUGGCCGCGCGCUCGGGGGAUGGGACCUGGGAUCGAACCCCACCUUGGCUCCCCACGACCAUCCCACCACCAGGGGGCAACGAGGGUAGGCGAAGAGCGCUCAGUGACGUCAUCGAACCCCUAACCCGGCCCCGCCGCUGACGUCACAGAAGAGCAGAGCACGUCACCGCAUUCCUCCCGUGACGUAAGCGCGCGAAGCUAGGAACUGACCCACCGGGGAAGGGAGAAGUCUGAAAGAAGAGAGCUUUCCUUUCUCGCCUUUUAUAGUUGGUAAGGCGUUUAAGGUACGCAGAGCGGACUACCAUUCCCAGUUGGCCUUGCGUGUCGCGCAUGCGCACGGCUCCCAGCUAGAGAGCGCGGCAAACCUUUGGAAUAGAUUGACGUCCCUUUAGCUGAACCGUAAGGCAGAUUUUACAGCAGCAAACCCAAUCCCAACCUCACAGACCCCACCCCUUUAUUCUUAGGCCGCUGCUUCCUUGCGGGAGUGACGGGUUCUCCUGCCUUUGAGGGUUCAGUUUCCUUUGAUGGACAAGCACACCGAUGAAUCAGAGCGCCGAGAAGUCGAGAGGGUGUUGAAAAGCGUGACUUGGGACCAAUAGCUUAGGAGCAGGACCUAGCGCCGUCCAAUCACUUCUCUUGGCGCCGCCAAUCACCCAGGACUCCGCCCCCGCUCGUGACGUAUGUAGGGUGGGUAGCAACAGUUGCCCCGGUGAGGGAAACGGAGGCGCCAUAGCCACGGUAGUCGUGGCGACCAAGCAACCCGGCAACGCGAGUCAACAACAACAACCGCCCGGCCGACCCCCACCCCCACCCCCCCUUGCCCGGCCCGGGGACCCCGGCACGUUCCGUCCCCCUCCCAACAUCGCCUCCGAGACCUCUGGAAAGCCCUUCUGCGGACAGAAGUAGGAAGAAGCCGAGAGAGCACCCUGCAGAGCUCUGCUUGUCCUAGUCAUCCACAAAUGGAAAGAAAAGGGCUCCCUGGUCGACGAAUAAUUGUGGGACACUUGGUAUCCUGUAUUGCCCUUCCUAGAGAUUGACAAUGACGGUGCUGAGAAGGCCUCCAAUAGAGAAGAAGAAAAAAAAAAGCCUUAUUUAUUAUCAUUUUCCCCACUGUUGGCAUGGCAACACCAGCGUACGUUACUGAGCUACAGGCAGCCCCGCAACCAUCCCAGCCACCACAGGCCCCGCCCCAGCCACCGCCGCCGCCCCCAGCGGCGCCCCAGCCCCCCCAGCCGCCUGCCACCGCUGCUACCCCCCAGCCCCAAUAUGUCACUGAGUUGCAGAGCCCCCAGCCCCAGGCACAGCCCCCAGGCAGCCAGAAGCAGUACGUGACGGAGCUCCCGGCCACCCCCACGCCCCCGCAGCCGGCCGGCGCACCCACCCCGUCCCCGGCGUCCCAGCAGUACAUCGUGGUCACUGUCUCCGAAGGCGCUAUGCGGGCCAGUGAGACUGUAUCGGAGGCCAGCCCAGGCUCCACAGCCAGCCAGACCGGAGUCCCCACUCAGGUGGUUCAGCAGGUGCAGGGCACCCAGCAGCGUCUGCUGGUCCAGACGAGCGUGCAGGCCAAGCCGGGCCACGUGUCACCCCUCCAGCUCACCAACAUCCCAGUGCCCCAGCAGGCUCUCCCCACGCAGCGUCUGGUGGUGCAGAGCACAGCCCCAGGCGGCAAGGGUGGCCAGGUUUCCCUGACGGUGCAUGGCCCCCAGCAGGUGCACUCACCCCCUGAGCGGUCACCGGUGCAGGCCAACAGCUCCUCCAGCAAGACGGCUGGGGCCCCCACGGGCACAGUGCCACAGCAGCUGCAGGUCCAUGGCGUUCAGCAGAGUGUCCCCGUCACCCAAGAGAGGUCCGUGGUCCAAGCCACUCCACAGGCGCCCAAAGCCGGCCCCGUGCAGCAGCUCACGGUGCAGGGGCUCCCGCCAGUUCACGUGGCUCAAGAGGUGCAGCAGCUCCAGCAGGUGCCUGUCCCACACGUGUACUCCAGCCAAGUGCAGUAUGUGGAGGGCGGUGACGCCAGCUACACGGCCAGUGCGAUCCGCUCCAGUACCUACCCCUACCCGGAGACGCCGCUGUACACCCAGACCGCGGGCGCCAGCUACUACGAGGCCGCGGGCACCGCCGCCCAGGUCAGCACGCCCGCCACCUCCCAGGCGGUGGCCAGCAGCGGCUCCGUGCCCAUGUACGUGUCCGGCGGCCAGGUGGUCGGCAGCUCCACCAGCAGCGGGGCUGGGGCCAGCAACGGCGGCGGCGGCGGCGGCGGCGGGGGCGGCGGCGGAGGCAGCGGCGGCGGGGGAGGCGGCGGCGGGGGGGGCGGCGGCGGCGGCGGCGGAGCGGGCACCUAUGUGAUCCAGGGCGGCUACAUGCUGGGCAGUGCCAGCCAGUCCUACUCCCACACCACCCGUGCCUCGCCAGCCACUGUUCAGUGGCUCCUGGACAACUACGAAACAGCAGAGGGGGUGAGCCUGCCGCGGAGCACGCUCUACUGUCACUACCUGCUGCACUGCCAGGAGCAGAAGCUGGAGCCCGUCAACGCCGCCUCCUUCGGCAAGCUCAUCCGCUCUGUCUUCAUGGGCCUGCGCACCCGGCGGCUGGGCACCAGGGGCAACUCCAAAUACCACUACUAUGGCCUGCGCAUCAAAGCCAGCUCGCCCCUGCUGCGGCUGAUGGAGGACCAGCAGCACAUGGCCAUGCGGGGCCAGCCCUUCUCGCAGAAGCAGAGGCUCAAGCCCAUCCAGAAGAUGGAGGGCAUGACCAACGGUGUGGCCGUGGGGCCACAGCAGGCCACCGGGCUGUCCGAUAUCAGCGCCCAGGUCCAGCAGUACCAGCAGUUCCUGGAUGCCUCAAGGAGUCUCCCUGACUUCUCAGAGCUUGACCUCCAGGGCAAAGUGCUCCCCGAGGGCAUCGGGCCUGGGGAUAUCAAGGCCUUUCAGGUCCUGUACCGGGAACACUGUGAGGCCAUUGUUGAUGUCAUGGUGAACCUGCAGUUCACCCUGGUGGAGACGCUGUGGAAAACCUUCUGGAGGUACAACCUCAGCCAGCCCAACGAGGCGCCUCCGCUGGCUGUGCACGACGAGGCUGAGAAGCGGCUGCCCAAGGCCAGCCUGGUGCUCCUCUCCAAGUUUGAGCCAGUGCUGCAGUGGACCAAGCACUGUGACAACGUGCUGUACCAGGGCCUGGUGGAGAUCCUCAUCCCCGACGUGCUGCGGCCCAUCCCCAGUGCCUUGACCCAAGCGAUCCGGAACUUUGCCAAGAGCCUGGAGAGCUGGCUCACCCACGCUAUGGUGAACAUCCCUGAGGAGAUGCUGCGUGUGAAGGUGGCAGCGGCCGGCGCCUUCGCGCAGACGCUGCGACGCUACACGUCGCUCAACCACUUGGCGCAGGCGGCGCGCGCCGUGCUGCAGAACACGGCGCAGAUCAACCAGAUGCUGAGCGACCUCAACCGCGUGGACUUCGCCAACGUGCAGGAGCAGGCCUCGUGGGUGUGCCGCUGCGAGGACCGCGUGGUGCAGCGGCUGGAGCAGGACUUCAAGGUGACCCUGCAGCAGCAGAACUCACUGGAGCAGUGGGCGGCCUGGCUGGACGGCGUCGUGAGCCAGGUGCUCAAGCCCUACCAGGGCAGCGCCGGCUUCCCCAAGGCCGCCAAGCUCUUCCUCCUCAAGUGGUCCUUCUACAGCUCCAUGGUGAUCCGGGACCUGACCCUGCGCAGCGCUGCCAGCUUUGGUUCUUUCCACCUCAUCCGGCUGCUCUACGACGAGUACAUGUACUACCUGAUCGAGCACCGUGUGGCCCAGGCCAAGGGCGAGACCCCAAUCGCCGUCAUGGGCGAGUUCGCCAACCUGACCACCUCGCUGAACCCCCUUGACCCGGACAAAGACGAGGAGGAGGAAGAGGAGGAGGAGAGCGAGGACGAGCUGCCGCAGGACAUCUCGCUGGCGGCUGGCGGCGAGUCGCCCGCGCUGGGCCCUGACGCCCUGGAGCCGCCGGCCAAGCUGGCACGGACAGACGCGCGUGGCCUCUUCGUGCAGGCGCUGCCCUCCAGCUAAGCCCGCGGCCUCCCCCGCCCCGCCCGCCCGCCCCCGCCGCCCGUCCACGCCAGGGUCCCUCACAGCUUCUGUGGCUUCGCUGUCACCGUUCCAGCCUCCGGCCGGGAGGGGGCCGCCAAGACAGGGAAGGCUAGGGGGUCCCUGCCCGCAGUGGGGCCGGCACAAUCACAGGGCCGGGCGGAGCCGCAGCUGCAAACUGACACAAAAGACGUGCCUUAAGGAACCCGCCACCGUGCCCAGGUGCCCCGUGGGACAGCCAGCUAGGCUCCUUGGCCCCGAAGGCCUCAGCAUCUCCCUCCCCCAGCCCCACCCUCCCGCCACCCCAGGGGGCAGGCAGGCAGGCCCCCCUCCCCUGUGGAACUGUUAACUUAUUCAGCUCGCUGGCUUUGCACAGUCUGUCCCGGGCCCAGCCCUGAGCCCCAGGUGGGCACAGGUGGGCAUCACCUGGGGACCCCCACUGUCAGCAGCAGCCCCAGGACCCCUGCCCCAGCAACCCCACCACUCCCCACUCCUUGGUAUAAGUGCAAUUAAAGCCGUGGGUGUCGCAUCUUCUCCAGAGCUGGGCCCUCCCUUGCCCCGCAGCCCUCGAGGAGGGCACUGUCCUGGCCUGGUUGGGGGGAGGGCGGCCGGGGGCACCGCCUCCAGCUUCCAAAGAGCAGCAGGCCGGGCUGGGCGUGGGAGCCCAGAGGGGCCUGCUGCUG